AUGCUACUACGCCACUAUGCUACUACGCCACUACGCCACUACGCUACUACGCCACUAUGCUACUACGCAACUAUGCUACUUCGCCACUAUGCUACUACGCCACUAUGCUACUACGCCACUACGCCACUACGCUACUACGCCACUAUGCUACUACGCAACUAUGCUACUUCGCCACUAUGCUACUACGCCACUAUGCUACUACGCUACUAUACCAGUACGCUACUACGCCACUAUGCUACUACGCCACUACGCUACUACGCUACAAUGCUACUACGCCACUAUGCUACUACGCCACUACGCUACAAUGCUACUACGCCACUACGCUACUACGCUACAAUGCUACUACGCCACUAUGCUACUACGCCACUACGCCACUAUGCUUCUACGCCACUAUGCUACUACGACACUACGCCACUAUGCUACUACGCUACUAUGCUACUACGACACUAUGCUACUACGCCACUAUGCUACUACGACACUAUGCGUAAAAUAGUUAAAUCCGUAGGUUUUUUAAGAGUCAACCCUGUCCCAGUGUAUAUAAGUCAGUAG